UCCCGGCCUGUCUUGGUCAGGGUGACGCAGUAGGCUGCAAACCUCGCAGUGCAGGCCACCGCUCUUAGCCGCAGCAGGGCCGCCCGCAGCCGGUAGGGUGGGCUCUUCCAAGUGCCCGCCCAGCUAUCGGUCAGCCUGCGCCUGCGCAGAUCUUUUGUGGUGCUGUCGGGGAGACCCCUGCGCACUCCGGCGUAAGAUGGCGACCGCGGCCAGGCGGGGCUGGGGAACUGCGGCUGUUGCCGCUGGGCUGCGCAGGCGGUUCUGUCAUAUGUUGAAGAAUCCAUACACCAUUAAGAAACAGCCUCUGCAUCAAUUUGUACAAAGACCACUUUUCCCACUACCUGCAGCCUUUUGUAACCCAGUGAGAUACAUGUUUAUUCAAACACAGGAUACUCCAAAUCCCAACAGCUUAAAGUUUAUACCAGGAAAACCAGUUCUUGAGACAAGGACCAUGGAUUUUCCCACCCCAGCUGCAGCAUUUCGCUCCCCUCUGGCUAGGCAGUUAUUUAGGAUUGAAGGAGUAAAAAGUGUCUUCUUGGGACCAGAUUUCAUCACUGUCACAAAGGAAAAUGAAGAUUUAGACUGGAAUUUACUGAAACCAGAUAUUUAUGCAACAAUCAUGGACUUCUUUGCAUCUGGCUUACCCCUAGUUACUGAGGAAACACCUUCAGGAGAAGCAGGAUCUGAAGAAGAUGAUGAAGUUGUGGCAAUGAUUAAGGAAUUGUUAGAUACUAGAAUACGGCCAACUGUGCAGGAAGAUGGAGGGGAUGUAAUCUACAAAGGCUUUGAAGAUGGCAUCGUACAGCUGAAACUCCAGGGUUCUUGUACUAGCUGUCCUAGUUCAAUCAUUACUCUGAAAAAUGGAAUUCAGAACAUGCUGCAGUUUUAUAUUCCAGAGGUAGAAGGCGUAGAACAGGUUAUGGAUGAUGAAUCAGAUGAAAAAGAAGCAAACUCCCCUUAAAAUAAUCUGGAUUUUCUUUGGGCACAACAGUCAGACUUGUUGAUAAUAUAUAUCAAGUUUUUAUUAUUAAUAUGCUGAGGAACCUUGAAGAUUAAUAAAAUAUGCUCUUUCUUCAGAGAAUGAUAUAUAAA